GUUUGUAUAUAGGGCCUACUAAAACAGCCUCUUGAAGUGAUUACUAAAAUCUGUUUGAUCAUGAUGAAAGCCCGCUGUUUUUCUAGACUACUAAUCAUCAUGGUCAAGAUGGUACCUGGCGAAGCAUACAACUUCCUUCUUUUAGCGAUGAACAUGAAUGAGCUAGUAUAAUCUGCUUGCAAAAGAUAGGGGUCUAUUAUGUAACGGUUUGCCCCUACCAUCACGCCUUUGUGCCAUGAACCGGUACCCUAAGCCGGACAUCAGACUGCCGCUAGACUUCGGGUCUAGUUGACCGCGAGAGACCGUUAGAGUCAUGAUUAGGUCCCCUUAGGGACUGAGAGCUUGCGAAGAUUAUUGGAGACGAGCUCGUUCCGGACCCAUGUAGCCCUGGACCUCGUUGGAGCGGAGGACCAAGAACUUACUGCUUUCUGUUUUAGAAUAGAACAUUAAAACUUGUCAAAAUCACGUUGAGACUUAUCUUUAAUGUACUUGUACGUACAUAUAUUAUGAUAGCCAGGAUCUGAUGCGCCGUUUUAGAUUUCACGCUUUUUGUCAGCUUUCUAUCUUUGCUUCGUCGUUAUAAUUUAUGCAAGCCAAAACACAACGUUUAGGGAUGAAGUAGAUCAUUCCGCUUUGAAGUCGGUGUCCGUUUAAAGAGAAGCAUCGUUUAUUGAACUGUUUCUUCAAUGCGCAAUUUUCUACUCAUACUUUAGAGAAAUUCUUUUGAGAAAAUGGAGAAAUAUUAGCUUUAAGGUAAAACAGAUGGUAGCUGGAACCUGGAAGGUUCGAUCACCGAUCAAGUGGUAAUGAUCGUGGCCAGAAAGCCGUAUACAGCAUUCGCCCAAGUGUUCCAAAAUGCCGCCCGUCAGUGAAGCAAAGACCAAGAAUGAAAUCCAGCAAGUUGGUAUUGCAGCCUUAUACCUUCGCAUCUACAAGUUCAUUCGGACCCACCAGGUUAUCCGCCAACAGAUGAUCACCGGAUCUGCUGCAUUUGGUGGUCAACCACGCGUUCGAGCUUUGGAUGACGCCGUGUCAUCACCGGGAUCCAUCCCUUCAGUAAGUGGUGCAGUGUCCUCAGCAGUUGGUUCCUUCUCGACUUCGGCAAAGCCCGUUGGAACCAAAGCCCAACCAAGCACUGUUCAUGAUGAUGGACCAAACACGCAGGAAACCCAACGAUCCAAUGUUCGUGUUGGACCCAGCAAACAGACAACCCAACCAACCAACAAUAAGCUAAAGCCAUCAUCAAAGAAGCUUCGGAACCACCCAUCUGACCACAAAACCACUCAAGUCGUCAUCAUCAUCACCGUCAUAUUUUUCCUCCUGUGGCUGCCCAACAUUGUGCUUGAUCAGAUUCCACGUGAUCUUUUCACUCGCAUCCUUCAGAAGACCCACGUCACCAUCUAUUUCUUCUAUCAAAUUAAUUACAUCAGCCAUAUCACCAAUGUCUUUGUUUAUCUGUUCACUUAUCGCCGCUUCAGACAGUCGUGUUGUAAGCUAUGCAAUUAAUAUCGAAUUGAGGUUUGAUUUCAUUUGUAGUAAUAGAUUCAUGCAGUUAACAACUAAAUUAUUCCUGCCCUUACCCAAAAAAAAUCAUCCCGAUUUACGUUUCUUGAGAAUGUGACAUAUUAAAGCUUACGUCUUAACAAAUUCGACAAAGGCCCUACUCCAACCAAUCCAACGUUUAUUCUUAAAUUCCGAA